UGGCGCCACACACGGUCCACUCUGUAUAAUGGAGACUUGUUUAUAUUGUGUUCGACAAUGUUUUGGAGCAGGACGGUAUAAUUCUGGCCAUACACGCUUAAAAGAACCUCCUUCUGUUGUGUUAGAUACUAGUUAUAUGGGUAGCGAUGUUGUCAUUGUAAAGAAUGGACGCCGGAUAUGUGGGAGUGGUGCUGCGCUGGCUAACGUUCCCAUUGUCCAGGAUAAGGCCUACUUUGAAGUUAAAUUACAACAGACAGGGUCAUGGGGCAUCGGCCUUGCAACUCGACGAGCCGACCUGAACCGACUGCCACUGGGCGACAACGAGGAUAGCUGGGUGCUCAGAUGUGACGGGAAAGUGUAUAGCAACAACCAAGAGCGAGCCAGGCUGACUGAUGUACCCAACGAGGGUGAUGUUAUUGGCUUGUCAUAUGACCACAUAGAAAUGAACUUCUACCUGAAUGGUAAAAACAUGCAAUGUCCAGUUACAGGCAUCCGAGGAAUGCUGUAUCCUGUAUUCUAUGUUGAUGACGGAGCCAUAAUGGACGUAGUGUUUAACGAGUUUUUCCAUCCACCACCCAGUGGCUUUAACAAGAUUAUGAUUGAGCAAUCUCUCUUAUAGGCAAUCAGGUUGAUAAAACGAGAUAACUUGAUCACGUUAGGUGAGUCCCAUAGACUGCCAUGUUGCGCAUCUGUUACGACCAGAAGAAAUACGGCGUGCAGCUGGCAAGAACAACUAUAGACUUGUUGCUGUUGUUAGCAGGCUACUUAAUUAUGAAUAGCACUCUCUUUACUACGCUACUGUGUAGGAAUAUGCAGCAAAUACUAAGUGCAAAGUUUCUAAUGAAAUGUGCCACUUUUAAUACUUGGGUGGCUCACGCGAGCUAUGCGCGAGGCUGUAGAAACUGCCUGUUGUAUAAAUACUGGAGGAAAUGCAAUAUAGCGGUUGUAAAUGUUUCAUUCCAGGUGGGGUGAUCACUAGAUUCCACUAAUAUAGUAUGUAAAAUUUCAAAUAUAUUCAUGCCGUUGAGAGAUGUUUGAAACGUGAUUGAAAGCGCUUUGCAGGCUGUCACACUGAUACUCAUUCCAUGAAAAGUAAAUCCAUCCAGUUGAUCAUCCAUUAAAUCUAUCUAUGUCAGGCAUUAUAUAUGUGCUUUAUAUCAUAUAUGCUAAUGAUAAAAUAGCAUAUAUCACAUAGCAUAUAUCAUAUAAUAUCA